AUGCAAUUCUUAGUGGUGCUGGCACAGACGGUGAUACUGGCCGAAGCAGUGCGCAAAGACGGCAACCAGAAGGAUUCGACACAGUGGUCGGGGUGGUUCAAGCCGUCUGUGGCAGACAUUAACGAAAUCAAAGGUCUGAAGGACAUGACUGUGGAUCAAGCCUUGAAAAAGGCUAAAAGCGUCGAGGCUUUCCAAGCCUUGCAGCAGCUUGGGGUUCUGAUGGAUGAAGUUAAGUUUUCCUAUGGGAACCUACGGCAGUUGCCGCUCGCCGAAGCCGUUGAAGAGCGUGGCACGCUGGGCCUCACACUGCUCCAUGAUGCCUCGGCCUAUGCCUUCCAGGGCAAGCUGGCGCUAAAGGCGCUAGUACUUCUCGGCCUCGAUGUCAACACGCGCAGUGGCUCGGGACAGACGCCGCUGUACUUCGCUGCAGAGGAUUGCCAGCACGAUCACAACGCGGCCAUCGAAGAGCUCUUGGCUCUAGGCGCAAACAAAGAACUUACCAACGUGGAGGCAAAGACCCCCUUGGAGGUGGCCAAGUAUUACAUCACCUUGAGCUACGUGAGAGGUAAGGAAAAGGAAAGUUGCAGGCAAGCAGUACGACUCUUGGAGGACUCGCGGUAA